AUUGGAUCGAUCUUUCAUCUCUCUACUCAACAUCAUCUUCAGACAGACAAACUCGAAUUGCCAAAUCGCAAUCAUGAUCUGCUCCUCCUGCCGCUCCGCGCUACGUCUGCGCCUCCUCGCAACAGCCUCACGCCCUUCUCGCACGGCAAUUGCGCCUAUCGCAAACACUUUCAAGCCCACCAUCACCAACAAACUCUCUCCCCAGCGCACUCGCCAUCUCUCCUCAACGACAUCCCGCCAAUUCUCCAUGACUCCUCUCCGGAAAUACUCCUCGCCCUCUUCCAAUGAGCAGCUGGAAGAGCAAGAGGCGGACAUGUCACCCGCCGAAGCCUCGAUCGCGGCGAUUCUAGCGGAGAAGCUGAACCCGACGUCGCUGCUUGUGCAGGAUAUAUCAGGUGGUUGUGGGAGCAUGUAUGCUAUUGAUAUUACUUCGCCGGUGUUCAAGGGGUUGAAUAUGUUGAAGCAGCAGAGGAUGGUGAAUGCGGCUUUGGGGGAUCUUGUGAAGGAGUGGCAUGGGGUGCAGAUACGGACGAGGGUGCCGCCGGAGGAGUAAAGACAAACAUAAUGUCAUAAUGCCAAGUGGAAAUAAUUCAAUCGGAGACUUAGUAUCGGAAAAGUGAAUAAUAAAGGGAAGUCAAGAGGAGAAAAAUCUUAAAACUCUAUACAAGGAAGUGGCCUUUCUCGUUGUUGGCUGUAGGGGUGUUCUCGUUUGCUGCUAGCUAUGUAGCAAACCGUAUACCUCCACCAACGAAGAGAUCAAUGGGAUUAAAAACGACAGAACAAGAAAGUAAAUCAAUAGAUGGAGAAAGAAAGCGAG